AUGGAGACUAGAGCCUAUAAUGGAUCAGAGGACUCCUCAACCAUCUUCUACCUGGUGGGAAUUCCCUCUCUACCCAAAUCUUUCUUUCUUCCUAUCUUCUUUGUCUUUCUCCUACUCUACUUACUCAUCCUGCUGGGAAAUGCCCUGAUCCUGGUGGCUGUGGUGGCAGAGCCCAGCCUCCACAUGCCCAUGUACUUCUUCCUGAUCAAUCUCUCAGCCUUGCACAUCUCCAAGAUACUGUCCCUCCUCUUACUGGGGGACUGUUUCCUCAGCUUCCCUGCCUGCUUCCUGCAGAUGUACCUCUUCCAUAGCUUCUCCUGUUCAGAAGCCUUCAUCCUGGUGGUCAUGGCCUAUGACCGCUAUGUGGCUGUCUGCCACCCACUGCACUACCCUGUCCUCAUGACUCCACAGACCAAUGCUGCACUGGCAGCCUGUGUCUGGCUCACUGCCCUCCUCCUGCCCACCCCAGUGGUGGUGCAGACUUCCCACAUGGCUUUUGACAACACUGCUCACAUCUAUCACUGCUUCUGUGACCACCUGGCUGUGGUCUAGGCCUCCUGCUUGCCCCAGGCUCUCAUGGGCUUCUGUAUCGCCAUGGCAGUAUCCUUCCUGCCCCUUGUCCUGGUGCUUCUCUCCUAUGCCCACAUCCUGGCCUCGGUGCUUCACAUCAGCUCCCGAGAAGGAUGCUCAGAAGUCUUCUCCACCUGCAGCUCCCACCUCCUGGUGGUUGGCACUUACUACUUAUCCAUUGCCAUAGCCUAUGUGGCCUACAGCGCUAACCUGCCACUCGACUUCCACAUCAUGUGCAAUGUAUAUGCUAUUCUCACACCUGUCCUCAACCCUCUCAUCUAUACGCUGAGGAACAAGAAUGUCAAAGCAGCCAUCACCAGAAUGGAAUGUCCCCAGGACCCAAAGAAUGCUGGGGAACCCUGA